UUAUUGUGUAAAAGCGCACGGAGGCGGUUUAUUUGCGCAUUAUCAAUUUAUAAAACAUUACAUUAACGGAACAAAGCAGCAUACAAGCAAAAUGUCAACGGCAGAGCCAACACCCAAUUUAGGCCAAGAGGCCACUGACAAUGCAGAACCCAAAGAUAAAGAAGAAACUGUGGAUAUGACAUUCACAAAGGAAGUUCGUCAGGCAACAAAAGAUGUCCACAAGUUGACUGAUGUAUUAGUUAAUGCCAAAUUCGCAAUAGCACUUUCGGACGAUGAGGUUUGGUACGAUGGACUUUUGGUCUUUUACGAAUUAUAUAAAUUCUUUGAGACCAACUUGCCGGAGCGCCUGCUGCCCAAGGAGCUGCAUCGUACGGCUGCCUUUGAGCGUGACUUUGACUACUUCUAUGGGUCCGACUGGCGCAAGUCAUAUGAGCCGCGUCCGGCUGUCCAAACGUAUAUAGCCCAUCUGGAGCAGAUGGCCGCUAAAAAUGAGGUACUCCUCUUCGCCUUUGCCUUUCAGAUGUACAUGGCAUUAAUGUCCGGUGGUCAGUUGCUGCAAAAAAAACGUAUGAUUGCCCGAAAGCUGUGGAUAUUUCCCAAAGAUAGCGUUGAGCAGGUGCAACAGAAACAGGCCGAAACGGAUGCUGCAGCGGCAACCGCCCGAGCAGCCGCAACAGCCGAAAAUGAUGGCAUUCAAGAUGAAAACGAUCUGCGGGCCAGGCCAAUGCCCGAGCAGGUCACCAUUUCCCAGGUGGGCUGUGAGGCCACAUACUUUCCAAUUAGAAUACCCUUGCUGAAGAACAAGCUACGCCGUAUCUUCAAUGACGUCUACGGCAAACUGGAUGAUGAGAUGCGUGCCGAGUAUAUUGAACAGAGUCGCAAUGUUUUUCGCAUGAAUAUCGAGCUGCUUCGCACCGUCAAAGGUGUGAAUCGUGCUAAUCUCAAGAAACUGGCCAUUGCUGUUGUCUUUAUAACCAGUAUUUAUGUGGCUUUCAAAUUGGCUGUUAAGUAAUGUUCUAGUUGUAUAAUUAAAUAUUUUAUUAUAUGUAUUUGAGAUUAGUUGUUAAUUCCAGAGUUUAUAUAUGCUUGUUUGAACCAAAGGCAAUAAAUUACAUGUUAAAUGCAGAUCAAGCUGUAAUUGCUUAUGCAAUA